GGUCAUGUUCACAAGUUCUACUACUGCAAGUCCUUUUCUUUUAAUGGAUUGGUCUUUUGCAAGAAAUAGACAGAAUAUCAGUGUGAAUUACAGCAAAUCCCUCUUCCAUGCUGUUAUGGGUGAAACUCUGGGAGAUUCUCUUACUGACCCAGAAAGCGAUUCCUUUGCUGAUACACUGUCUGCAAGCACUUCACAAGAAAUUACCAUGGUUGACACCGAGAUGCCAUUUUGGCCCACCAACUUUGGAAUCAGCUCCGUGGAUCUCUCUGUAAUGGAUGAUCACUCCCAUUCUUUUGACAUCAAGCCCUUCACCACUGUGGAUUUCUCCAGCAUUUCCACUCCACACUAUGAAGACAUUCCAUUCGCGAGAGCGGACCCAAUGGUUGCCGAUUAUAAGUAUGACCUGAAGCUCCAAGAGUACCAAAGUGCAAUCAAAGUGGAGCCUGCAUCCCCGCCUUAUUAUUCUGAAAAGACUCAGCUAUACAGUAAGCCUCAUGAAGAGCCUUCCAACUCCCUCAUGGCAAUUGAAUGCCGAGUCUGUGGAGAUAAAGCUUCUGGGUUCCACUAUGGAGUUCAUGCUUGUGAAGGAUGCAAGGGUUUCUUCCGGAGGACAAUCAGAUUGAAGCUCAUUUAUGAUAGGUGUGACCUUAACUGUCGGAUCCACAAAAAAAGUAGAAAUAAAUGUCAGUACUGUCGGUUUCAGAAAUGCCUUGCUGUGGGAAUGUCUCACAAUGCCAUCAGGUUCGGGCGGAUGCCACAGGCCGAGAAGGAGAAGCUGUUGGCGGAGAUCUCCAGUGAUAUCGACCAGCUGAACCCCGAGUCGGCUGAUCUCCGGGCCCUGGCAAAACAUUUGUAUGACUCAUACAUAAAGUCCUUCCCGCUGACCAAAGCAAAGGCGAGGGCGAUCUUGACAGGAAAGACAACAGACAAAUCACCAUUUGUUAUCUAUGACAUGAAUUCCUUAAUGAUGGGAGAAGAUAAAAUCAAGUUCAAACACAUCACCCCCUUGCAAGAGCAGAGCAAAGAGGUGGCUAUUCGCAUCUUUCAGGGGUGUCAGUUCCGCUCAGUGGAAGCUGUGCAAGAGAUCACAGAGUAUGCCAAAAGUAUCCCUGGUUUUGUAAACCUUGACUUGAAUGACCAAGUAACUCUCCUAAAAUAUGGCGUCCAUGAGAUCAUUUACACGAUGCUGGCCUCCUUGAUGAAUAAAGAUGGGGUUCUCAUAUCAGAGGGCCAAGGAUUCAUGACAAGGGAAUUUCUAAAGAGCCUGAGAAAGCCCUUUGGUGACUUUAUGGAGCCCAAGUUUGAGUUUGCUGUGAAGUUCAAUGCACUGGAAUUAGAUGACAGCGACUUGGCAAUAUUUAUAGCCGUCAUUAUUCUCAGUGGAGACCGCCCAGGUUUGCUGAAUGUGAAGCCCAUUGAGGACAUCCAGGACAACCUGCUUCAAGCCUUGGAGCUCCAGCUCAAGCUGAACCACCCCGAGUCCUCUCAGCUCUUUGCCAAGCUGCUCCAGAAAAUGACAGACCUCAGACAGAUUGUAACAGAACAUGUGCAGCUAUUGCAAGUCAUAAAGAAAACAGAGACAGACAUGAGUCUUCACCCGCUCCUACAAGAGAUCUACAAGGACUUGUAUUAGCAGACAAGUCCGCAUUCACUGACAAUGUGUUCCUUCUUCCGAUUGCACUAUUAUUUUGAGGGGAAAUCUGACACCUAAAAAAUUUACUGUGAAAAAGCAUUUUAAAAAGAAAAGGUUUUAGAAUAAUAGAUCUAUUUUAUGCAUAUUGUUUAUAAAGAUACAUUUACAAUUUACUUUUAAUAUUAAAAAUUACCACAUUAUGAAACUGC